CAGCAAGAAGGCCAGAGUCAGCAGACCGUAAAGAGCGAGUUGGGGUGUAGGGGACAAGCAUGUUGCAGAGAUAGGAGGGUGCAAGGUUAUUUAAGGAUCUAAAUGCAAGGAGGAGAAUUUUGAAUUUAAUCCGGUAUGCAACCGGGAGCCAAUGAAGAUCAUACAAGAUUGGGGUUAUGUGAGCCGAACGUUUGGUAUGAGUGAGUAUUCUAGCUGCAGAGUUUUGAAUAUACUGUAAUCUGGAGAUGAGGCUGGCAGGCAGGCCAAUGAAAAGAGCAUUACAGUAGUCGAUGCGUGAGGAGACAAAUGCAUGGAUGACAGUCUCAGCCUCCUUGCUACUGAUGAAGGGACGCAGUUGUGAAAUGCGACAGAAUCUUGCACUCAGAGGACAGGCUGUACAGUCUUCUACAUAUGUUGCAUGGUCUAGUUUUGCGAUUGAUGGUUAUUCCACCAGUUGCACACACACCAAAACUGAGACGAACCCAUGGUGGAGGCUGGAACUGCCAAAUUCAUUCAGCAUCGGAAGAGUUGUGUUCAUUAACAGAAUCGACUGCUGUCCAGCACUAAUAGACGGAGCCCAGAUUCUCAUCGGAGACUCCCUGGUGAACAACGGCAGCAGCAACUCCAAAUGUGCGGAGAUUUCUGGUCUUUCAGCAGGUCAGUCUGUCUCGUAUUCAUGUGGUGGACUGCAAGGCCGUUAUGUGAUUGUGUUUGUUCCUGGAGACUUCAAGAAUCUGACUGUGUGUGAACUGAUGGUCUAUUCCACAGGUAACGUUCAGUUAAAUGGAUAUGCUGUUCAGUCAUCUAUAUAUGAAUACUGGCACGCCCAAAGCGGGAAUGAUGGAAUAAAAUUCGCACCAGGCCAGAAUUCAUUUUGCACCCAUACAAAGACAAACACGAACCCGUGGUGGAUUCUGGAUCUGCUGGACACUUACUACGUGGAUUUUGUUACCAUCACAAACAGAGCCGACUGCUGCGCCGAAAGAAUCAACGGAGCCGAGAUUCACAUCGGAAACUCAACAGAAAACUACACCUACAACAAUCCCAUGUGA